AGCGUCUAGAAAUAUAACCAUGCAACGCAGCCUACCCUUAUAGAAAAAAUAACACACCCACGCACCUACGCCUGUAUACUUCAAUUAAUUAUUAAUACCAUGUUCGAACCUUCUUCCCCAAUUUUGAAUUGAACAAGUCUCUUCUAUCACCUUAAAACCCUAACUAAUCCCCAAAUUUCCCCCAAAUGUUCUUUACUAAAUCUUCUUCUUUGAUUCCUUGUUCAACAUGCCGUCUGUAUCUGUAAAAUUCUACAGUGUUCUUCAUAAAUUCAUCUUGAAACGCCAAUUACAAACCCUCACUGAAACCCACACCAAAAUCUUCAAUCAAUUUGGUGUCGUCUCUCGCCCCGAUGAAUCCGUCGCUCCGGCCAACCCUAGCUUCUCUGAAGAUGGUGUAGCUACCAAAGAUAUCCAUAUCGAUCCAUUGACAUCUUUAACCCUCCGGAUCUUUCUCCCUGAUUCAGUACUUGUCAAAUCUAGAGGGUUAAAACAAAGUGAUGGGGUUUACGGUGGCUACUCGCCAGCUCUAGGCGAUAAUUUACGUAAAUUGCCCGUGGUUUUGCAGUUUCACGGAGGUGGAUUUGUGACCGGAAGCAGUGUUUCGUUGGCGAAUGAUCUGUUUUGUCGGAGGAUCGCCAAGGCGUGUGAUGCGAUUGUGGUGGCGGUAGGGUAUAGGCUUGCACCGGAGAGUAAGUAUCCCGCGGCGUUUGAGGACGGCGUUGAGGCGUUGAGUUGGUUAGCUAAGCAGGCGAAUUUGGCCGAGUGUAGGAUCUCAGGUCGCGUUAACCUCAGGAGGAGACAGAUCGUUGAUGGUUUUGGUUCUUCCAUGAUCGAGCCUUGGAUUGCUGCUCAUGCCGAUCUUUCCAGGUGUGUCCUCCUAGGUGUAAGCUCUGGUUCAAACAUCGCAAAUUAUGUCACACAAAAAGCAGUAGAAGCUGGGAACCUAUUAGACCCUGUAAGGGUGGUGGCACAAGUUCUUAUGUACCCUUUUGUAAUCGGAAACACUCCAACAAAAUCCGAAAUCAAGCUAGCUAACUCUUACCUCUAUGACAGAACCAUGGCCAUGUUAGCCUGGAAGCUUUUCUUACCAGAUGAUCAAUUCAAUCUUGAUCAUCCAGCUGCCAACCCUCUGAUGACAGCUAAAAGAAUACCAUUAAAACACAUGCCUCCUACACUCACAAUAGUAGCUGAACAUGAUUGGAUGCGUGAUCGUGCCAUUGCAUACUCACAGGAGCUUCGUCAGGUUAAUGUAGAUGCCCCUGUUUAUGAUUACAAAGAUGCUGUUCAUGAAUUUGCAACCUUUGAGAUGUUUUUGAAGACACCUAAAGCUCAAGCAUGUGCAGAAGAUAUUGCCAUAUGGGUAAAGAAGUAUAUAUCACUCAGAGGGCUUGAGUUUUCGUACUAAAAAGAGUGAAAAUGGAAUUUUUAAUUUCCAGACCACAAAUUUUGAGCUCAUGGAGAUAAGAUUCAGCACACCACAAGAGGUUCAAGGUACAUAAAGUAAAAAGUAUUUGAUUGGUGAUAAAAAUAAAAAAUUUAUCAGAGUAAAGUUAGUUACCAUCAACAGCCAAUUAAGUGAAGUUAAUAAUAUGGAGUGGUUGGAACUUGGAACUUACUGUAUUAUAUUCGAUAGGAUAAGAGCCAAACAAUAUUUUUUUGAUGUAUAAUGAGAUGUAGCAUGUUUUAACCUUGUAUUAGGUUGGGAACACAAUUUUAUUGAUUCUUUUGUUUCGUUAUUGUUUAUAUUGUUUGUAGUAAUAGUGUAUAGAAAAAUAAAUGGUUUGUUCUUUAAUCUUCAGAGACUGUGUAUUCUUGGUCAGUUUUGCAUGUAAUUAUGUGGAAAAUUUGAUUGGUUAAGAUGAUGUUUUAUA